CAUCGGGAAGAGAAUUUGCGUUCACCUUUUAAUAUUGUGUAUGAGGCAUUCGGCACGUGAAGUGCAUCCCAAAAGGCGCUUCAACCCCAAAAUUUAUUAGUGUAAAGUUUAGCGUUUAGGCUACGCUUACAGUGCAAAAGUGUUUUAGUAACAAUUUUCCCAGUGUCUUUUAUUAUUCAAAAAUGUGUUUCAUCAACAAAAUGUGGCAAUCAUUCGUGUAAAAAAAAAAAUGCCACCUUUCGUAUUCGAAAAACAGCCGUUUGGAAUAAAAUCUAACUUUGAUUAAUAAUAGCGACAUUUUCUUCUGCGGUGGUGAGGCCGAUCGCCGUGUCUAACUUAAGUGAUAGCCGCAAACGCAAGUCUAGUCAAGACGUAGAAGGUGCCUAUGAAGGUAGCUGGGCCAUGAGACCAAAACCUCCGACGACGACAACACCGCCACCGUCGUCAACACCUUCAUCGUCCGAAGAAGCAUCUGCGCCUGGAUUGGAGGAGGAAAACAAAGACGAAAUGUUAAACAUUUAUUUUUGCAUGGUUGACGCCCUGCUCCGAUCAGCCGAUGAAGAACGACCGCUUCAUUCCGCUCGUAAUGAGCUAAAUCAGAAACUAGGCCAAUAUGACGCAAAUAAAAAUAAAGAUAUGCGUCUUCGACUACUUAAACAUUUUCAGAGUCAGGGAAAAGAGGCCAGAGAUCUAGUGGGUCUUUUUCGCCUUCUUGAUGUUAUCUUGGACGAUCACAUGGACCUCGUCGAGAUUCCUUGUAGGGACGAGGAUGGAUGUGAAUGUUUUGAUAAUCGCAUUUUGCCGAUCAUCAUCAAGCGCUGCCCGAAUCUUGGGAAACUUCACUUCCGUUGCUCAAACGGCUUGGCGCAAGACUGGCCAGAGACCAUUGGUUUUUACAUCAGCCAAUUUACUCUUCUGACAAGCUUGCAUUUAGACAAGGUUCCCAUUCAGUGCAAAUCCAUCAUCUCCGUUUUGGGAAAGUCUUGUCCGCGUCUAAAGUCCUUGCGUCUCGGUUUCGAUAAUUUACCUCUUUCCAUCGACGAAUUUUUGAGUAUAUUCUACUGCGGUGAUUUGACCCUGCUGAGAAAUGUCACUCCAGAUGUUCCCUCAAUCGAACACGACCAAAACCCGGCCACCGAACAGAAAAAGGCUUACAAUGAAUGUUGUGUGCCGCCUCAUCUCUUAUAUUCAUUCUGCCAAACCUUGGAAGAAAUUCGGAUAAAUUAUUUCAGCAGUAAUGAGCCAUAUGUUAUUGCCUUCAUUCUACGCCACCUGCCGCUUUUACAAAAGCUUGAAACAUCUGAUUUUGAAUUCAAAGACUACACUACUAGUAUUCGCGCACUGUGGGAUACUCAGAAUCGAAUGCAUCGAGAGUCAUCUGCCGACGAAAGCAUGGAGUUAUCUCUUCCCUCGAAUUCAGAUUCUAUUGUGCUAAAAGAAUUUUCAGGAAAGUUGGCUCUGACGAGUCUUUUCGUUGAAGGUGAGAGGGAUUACUUGAAUCUCAAGAGCAUGUGCGAACUCUGUCCUGAUCUUCAGAAACUUCAUCUCCUUGAAACAAGUGUUCGUGACGUUGCUGAAACUAAAACUUCAGAAAAUGGAUUCACAUUAUUAGAAAUAGCAAAUGAUUUCAACAAAUUAAAUAAGUUAAGGGUUUUAACUUGUACGGAGAGUGAUGGUCCACUAUGUUCUGUGAUCACGCAAGCAACGGCGCCCUUCCUAACCGCGCUCGAAGUAGUUUUGGACGGCGUUUUUAUCCCGAAAUUCGACUUUCUUAUUUCGUGCGACAACCUUCAGAUCCUCAAACUUUCUACCGAGUUUCACCCACCGCUCAAAAGCUAUUUCAGUGUAGAGACUAAAUCAAAUCUGAUCCCCGAGACGUUUUUGCCAAAGCUAGAAGAGGUGCAAUUGGAUUUCUGCAUGAACUCCGAACUCGAGGAACUUUUUCUAAAGAAGUCUACCCUUAAACAUAUCGACGUCCUAUGCUUGCAUCAUGUUGGACAGUCGGAUGAGCAAUUUAUCGAACUUUUUCUGCAAUGGCCUCAUCUAGUCAGCUUCAAGUAUAAGAUGCCUCGGAAAUUCACUGUUGAUAUGGGACUGAAGAUACUGGCACAUCUUCCAUGUUUGCGCUCUCUUUCUCUCUUUAAAGAUAUUAAAUACAGAUGUUCUGGUGAUUUUAAUCAACUCAAGAAAACUUGCCGCCAACGAAACAUCAAACUCGACUUACAUUUGUUUGUAGACACCUAUCUCUGCAUUGACGGAGAUGUGAACGGUGAUCGAGUGUCCACCUCCGACGAAAGCGAGACGGAUUCCUAAUGUUCUACUGUAAGAUUUUCCAUUCAUGUAAACGGAUAUCGUUAACUCUCAUACCAAUCGUAGGGGCUUCCGAUUAUUAGUUUGUUAAGUGUACAGUAAUGCCUAUAUUUUGCAUUUAUAUCAACUGCACGUAAUAUCUUUUAUUCAAAUUCUCUUUCCGAUUCCGAGUUUUAAUUGUUUUCAUGUGGCUUUUAUAAAGUCAAGUGAAUGCCAUUUUGAUACAACGUCUGUGAACGCA